AUGACAACGAAAACCAAUUAUGUGAAAUAUAUAAACGCGCAAUUCAUUCUGUUUCUACUACAGUUUACGCAUAACGUGUCCACGCAAACGUCUUUGACACCCAUCCAAAAUGGUAAUACCACAAGUUUUGGAAUUAAAAAUGUUGGAAACUCUUUUAAUAACGGGUCGACAGCUGCUGGCGAUAAUAAAUCAACUACCGAGCUAUCAAAUAGUGUAUUUUCUACAAGAAGAACUGAUUUAACUGAUACGAAACACAGUUAUCGCAAUGAUACAAUUAUUAAAGAUGAUAUGAAGGAAAGCAAAGAUAAAGGUUUAAGAAACGCAACAAAAAGUUUGCAGUUUGACUCAAAGAAAGAAAAGGAGACCGCCCAUAUUCAUAUUUACACAGGUUUGUGAUUUAUCUGCUGUACUACCUGCCGUAGUUUGUGUCGUCUGGAGUAUACCUAGAAAAGAUUAGAAAGCAUUUUGAUGUUAUAGUAACCUCUUAACCAAGCUGGGUCCUCGCUUCAAAGGUUGGCAGCACGGCUAUAAGUGCAUGUGCCUAAUUGUGUUGGAUUCCUGCAAUAUGCAGUUGCUUGAUUAUAUUAUCACCUCGGUCAUUUGUAAGAAGAAUGCUUCUAGUCUGGCCUUGCCAAACACCGAAUGUUUUCUUUUGGCUUACUGGGCCUGUAGUAACACUGGAUCAAUAAGAGAUGAUCCUUACUGAACCUCUAGGGAGAACAGUUUAGAACUGAUAGAGCUAUCCAGUAUAAAUAAAGUUAGUUUAGUUUAGGUUUUAUCCUGUAGUCUGGAUCAAUAAGAGAUGAUCCUUACUGGACCUCUAGGAAGAACAGUUUAGAACUGAUAGAACUAUCCAGUAUAAAUAAAGUUAGCUUAGUUUAGGUUUCAUCCUGUAGUCUGGAUCAAUAAGAGAUGAUCCUUACUGGACCUCUAGGAAGAACAGUUUAGAAGUGAUAGAGCUAUCCAGUAUAAAUAAAGUUAGUUUAGUGAAUAUUUCCUCCUGUAGUAACACUGGAUCAAUAAGAGAUGAUCCUUACUGGACCUCUAGGAAGAACAGUUUAGAACUGAUAGAGCUAUCCAGUAUAAAUAAAGUUAGUAUAGUUUAGGUUUCCUCCUGUAGUAACACUGGAUCAAUAUAAGAGAUAAUCCUUAAUAGGAAGAACUGUUUAGAACUGAUAGAGGUAUCCAGUAUAAAUAAAGUUAAUUUAGUUUAGGUUUCAUCCUGUGGUAACACUGGAAUAACGGUAUGAUACUCGUUUCACUGUACCAGUCAGUAGUUUUCGCAAAGGAGCGCCUUAUGCACUUUUGUCUUUUGUUUCAGAAAAUCCAUGCCUCAAUGGUGCUACUCUUGCGUUCACGAUGUUUGGCUCGCAUUGUUUGUGCAAAUCUGGUUUUAAGGGAAUUCAUUGUCAAGACACGGAUCAUUGUUAUUCGAAACCCUGUCUGAACAACGCGACUUGUGUGGAUCACAAGACGAGAUACGAAUGUCGCUGUAGAAAUGGUUUCAAAGGUUUAAAGUGCGAAAGUAAGUAGUGCAGUGAAACGACAUACUGUAUCCUUUGUAAGUAGUGCAAUGAAACGACAUACUAAACCAUCCUGGUUUAUUUCAAUACUGUUUCCUUUUUUCUGGGAAGAAGCCUGAUUCUGUUAAAAUAAUCUUGUCAUAGAUUGCUUUAUACUGUCACGUAAAAACGCAUAAGUGGUAACACACCUGCAGCAGACUUGUAGCAAUGGUGUUCCAACAACAUGUCAACAGGAUGUGUUUCCGCUGCUUGUUCCCAGCUUGUUGACCAGUUCUCAACGGCUUGUUGCCAACUUACUGCAUGCAAGGUUGUUGAGCUCAACAGAUUUGUUACUGUACACGUUGUUCCAACAACUUGUUAUCGUCAAUUGCAAUUCAAAAAUUUGUCAACAAGUUGUGAGUGACAACCUUGUAGCAACUUGAUAAAAUAACAGCAUUGUUACAGCUUGUUGACAAGCUUGCUACAGGCCUGUUGCGAACACAUCUCGUUGACAAGUUGUGAGUGACAUCCUUGUAGCAACUUGAUAAAAUAACAGCAUUGUUACAACUUGUUGACAAGCUUGCUACAAGCUUGUUGCGAACAUAUCUCGUUGACAAGUUGUGAGUGACAUCCUUGUAGCAACUUGAUGAAAUAACAGCAUUGUUACAACUUGUUGACAGGCUUGCUACAGGCCUGCUGCGAACACAUCUCGUUGACAAGUUGUGAGUGACAUCCUUGUAUAGCAAUUAACUUGAUAAAAUAACACCAUUGUUGCUAUUGUAUUCUAUGUGAACAAUUAUUUUCUUUAUUAUUUCGUUUCUUCAAGUGCGAGACAAGUGUUAUCCCAAUCCAUGUCGAAACUCUGGUAUCUGUCAUGAAAAGAAGGGAGUGAUUCAGUGUAGCUGUCAGCGUGGGUUCAAAGGAGUCAACUGUACUGGUAGGUUGGUCGUUUUUUUUGCUGUUUUUUGCCAGUAAGGAUUAUCCUCCAUUGAUCGAAAUACUUAUGUUCGUUUAUGCUGGAUAGCUCUGUCAGUUCUAAACAGUUCUCCCUAGAGAUCCAGUAAGGAUCAUCUCAUAUAUUGAUCCAGUGUUACUACUGGAGGAAACCUAAACUAAACUAACUUUAUUUAUACUGGAUAGCUCUAUCAGUUCUAAACAGUUCUCCCUAGAGGUCCAGUAAAGAUCAUCUCUUAUUGUUCCAGUGUUACUACAGGAGGAAACCUAAACUAAACUAACUUUAUUUAUACUGGAUAGCUCUAUCAGUUCUAAACUGUUCUCCCUAGAGGUCCAGUAAAGAUCAUCUCUUAUUGUUCCAGUGUUACUACAGGAGGAAACCUAAACUAAACUAACUUUAUUUAUACUGGAUAGCUCUAUCAGUUUUAAACUGUUCUUCCUAGAGGUUCAGUAUAAGGAGCAUCUCUUAUUGAUCCAGUGUUACUACAGGAUGAAACCUAAACUAAACUUACUUUAUCUAUACUGGAUAGUUCUAUCAGUUCUAAUUUGUUCUCCCUAGAUGUCCAGUAAGGGGCAUCACUGAUUAGUCCAGUUUUACUACUGAAGGAAACAGGAUUGCCCAAGAAAAAACUGAUUUUCUCCUGAAAUCGGACUUGUAGGAGAAACUCGAAUCUGGAACAUGCAUUAGCAACGCUGCCACCAACACGUCAAUUCUUAAAAAUGUGUAGGAGGAAAUGGAACUGACGAAUUUCUCUUUUUCUCUUUAGAAAUGAAUAAAUGCGAAAUCAACCCUUGCAGAAAUGGAGGGACUUGUGUCCAAUUAGAGAAAAAUAAGUUCUUUUGUAAAUGUUUGCCUGAAUAUAAUGGAACUUUUUGUCGCAGUGAGUGGUUUCUUGAUUUAAUUGAUAGACCUUGUAUUUUGUAUGAAGAGUGGCAAACUGCAGUAAGUGAAUGGCAUUGAAGCAGUGGGAUUUUCAAAAGCAUGCCGAUUACUGGGUCGUGACCGCUUCGCCCUCAUUUGAUACCAUUCUUAGCAUAUUUUUGUAACUUUUAAUUUCGUGUAGAACGAAACCGUUGCCUCAUCAACCCCUGUAGGAAUGGAGGAGUUUGUUCAAACGACGAGAAGAAACCAGUUUGUCGAUGUCGUGAGGGUUAUGUGGCUGACUUCUGUCAAGGUAUACACGAUAUGUAUUUGUAGAAUACAUCGAGUAACAAGAAAACAAUUAUUAACCACGGGUUUAAGCUAUGUCGACCUGCUUGUUUAAACCUGUGGGUCAAACGAGGACGAGAGUUGAGGAGUGGGGAAAAUCUCGCUCGCGUUUGUCAUCGACUCUCAUUCCCCCCUUAUCAGUUUUGAGCUGGUUCAAAUUUUGAUGACAGACGAGUUGAUGUAAGUAUAGUCUAUCGAGAUAUGAUAGUCUGGAAACUGGACAGAAGUCAGUGUGUUAUUAAAUAAAUAUUUUAUCUGAGUUUAUACUCAUUUGUGCACGGUCACCGGUGAUUGAGCUCAUUGUAUUUUCGUAUGACUAAGUAAUCGUCCAAUAGGGAUAGCUGAGAUGAAACGUGCAACCACGAUGAAUAAUAUUUAAUGAAGUUGAAACAAAGGAUUUAUACACGUUAAUGUACUGUUCAACAUGAAACAAAACCUUUUUUGUGACUCUGAAGUCUUCCGGGUUUCCAGAACAUCAUCUUGACAGAGUGUAUGACGUAAGUUUUCGCUUCGCGCGCGGUAAAAUCCAGUCAGGCAUUUCUCAUUAACUGUCAUGCUGGAACUUUACCGAGGCAUGAGAGUUUAGAAAACAUUCACAGAAACUCUCACUUGCGAACUCUUAUCAAUUUGACCAGAGCUUUAUACUCGCAGAGAAAUGUUUUAGGGACCGGUCAUUAUUUAUGGUGGGGGGUGGCACCGAAGAGAAAUGUUUUUCGUGGCAAAAAUUUUGCUGACCCAACCAUUAAAAAGUCGAAAAUUUGAUUACCCAACCUCAAGUAUCAAUUAAAAAAUGAAUACCCACCCAUGGCCAAAAACGUUACAAAAGGAUACCAUUCAGUUGUCACACAUGUCCUUUACCACUUCUGUGACAUGAGUUUAAUAACUGCUUGUGCAAUUUUCUGCAUGCAGUCUAAAGUUUCAUAUUGUCUGCACAUGUACUUUCUUUGGAGACACCAUUUGUCACCUAACAAAUCGAAAAAUGAUUGAUUCACAUAUUGUAUUUACAUAUGACUGGUGACAUUGUUUUUUAGUAGUCUCCAAUAUUUCAGUGAGUCGUGCGUUGGAAAUGACAAUAAUUUUUUAUUACCCAACCCUUGAGUUGUUUUGUUUUUCAUUUACCCAACCUUUUACUUACUCAAAAUUUUGUUUACCCAACCCUUUUCUCUUCGGUGCCACGCCCUGCCAUAAAUAAUGACCAGUCCCUUAUCGAGUUUCUUUCGCUUCAUUUCCCCCUAGAUCAUGUUUGCAAACCAAGUCCCUGCCUGCAUGGCGGGAUUUGCAAAGUGAUUAAGAAAGGAGAGUCUUGGCAAUUCAACUGUUCAUGUCCGAAAAAUUUUACUGGAAGCAAAUGUGAAGGUAUGUUUAUUCUUUUAAUUCUUUUUGUUAGUACAUUAGCUUUUCUUGAUAGAACAAUUGUUGAGGUUUUCCCUGGGUGUUCUGAACAGCUGUCAGUACAUCUGCUCGGCAGUUGUGUGAUUAGGGAGCGGUUAUUAUUUAUGAGAGGGCGGGGUGUGGCACCGAAGAGAAAAGGGUUGGGUAAACGAUAUUUUGAGUGAGUAAAAGGUUGAGUAAAUGAAAAACAAAACAACUCAAGGGUUGGGUAAUAAAAAUUUAUUAUCAUUUCUCAAGCAUGACUCGUUCAAAUGUUGAAGACUAAAAACAAUUUCAACAGUCAUUUAUUUGUAAAUAAAGUUAGUAUACGCUAUAAAAUUUUUUAUUUUAUUUUCCUCAGUUCCCCAACCGUGUAUGGCAAAGCCAUGUAUGCAUGGUCGUUGUAUUGAUGCUACAAAUGAUCCACGUUAUUCACAGCUCUCUGGAGGAUAUCUUUGUCUCUGUGAGAAAGGAUAUACGGGGAAAAACUGCAGAA